AUGGCCACCCCAGCCGUGUCGACCCCACGAGCUCGUGCUCGUCUCGGCAAGAAGGAGAAGCAAGCGCUGCGUGAUCAGCUCGAACCUGCAGCGGCUGCACCGUCGCCGUCCCAAUCGCUCGCACCGGCUUCGACCUCGACUUCGACCCCGAUCUCGGAUCCGGAUGCCGCUUCGCCGAUCCCGACUUGGCCCUGGGCUUCGCUCAACGAGUCCAUCGUCACCACCACUUGUCCUGUCGUCUAUUCUCCCGAUGCUGCGUACGUGAUGCUCUACACUUGCAGGCGCAACCUGCCUCCGAUCACUCGUCGCGACAGCUUCGCAGCGGCCCAGAUGAGCAUGUCGCUGAUCACCUCGGACUGCGUACGACCCGGACUACAGAUACUGCUUCAUCGCUUCGUCUUCUCAGGUCAAGAUCUACUCGACCCAGUCUACGCUCCUGCUCUCGACCUUGGCCCCUCCGCAGCAGCAGCCCAGCACCUCGACGGCCUCGAGCUCUCCGUCCCAAUCGUCGUCGGUCGGCCGAGCCAAGGUCACGGCGCUUUUGUUGAAUCCCACCAACCCCUUACAGCUGCUCGUCGCUUCCUUUGACGGCACAGUCAGGGUCUGGGACUACUACGAGGGGCGUCUUCUCCGUACGAUCCAGCUCGGCGCACCCGUGCUGCAUGCCUGCGGCCACCCUAGUCUGGGUGAUCACCUCUUCGUCGCUUUGGCCGUUAACGAGCAGGAUGCACCGCUCAGUAGGACGGGGACUAACGAGCUCAACGCUUCGGCCUCGAACGCGCUGCAUCUCACAUUGACGGCCAAGCGAGCCAAUCCAGACUCGGCAAAGUCCUCGGGAGCUCAGACAGGGGCUUCGUCCAAGUCGGCGCCCGUGGACGAAUUGCGAGCCGGCAUCUACUCCAUCAGCUUGCGACCCAAGCUGAUACCGGAAUACGUGGAAAGAACGAUCUCGCCGACAACACCGCGCGACCCGGCUCGGAGAGUUCGACUCGCCAACCCUCGCAUCGUGCGCUCUCUGGCCAUCUCCCCCUCUGGAGCUCAUCUCAUCGCCUUGAAUCCUCAUUCAGUCAACAUCUGUCGCACCGCACAAUUACAGCGUGGGUUCACAACCCAGCUCGACUCUUCUGAAGCCUUGACGACGGUCGCGUUCCAUCCGGUCGAGAACUAUUUUGCGACCGGGAAUGAGCGCGGUCAGAUUCGACUGUGGUACGACGUCUUGGACGAGGAAGAGUUCGGAACUCCGCGCGCCACGACCAAGCAAAACUCGAAGCAAAAAGCCGUCAAAGACAAUGCGAAUGAGAAGCGGUCAACGGCUGUGUACCAUUGGCACAAGCACCCUGUCGCCGCUCUUACUUUCACCGCGAAUGGCGCAUACCUACUCUCUGGUGGUGAGGAAGCUGUCAUGGUUCUGUGGCAACUGCACACGGGGCAUACCGAAUUUGUACCACGGCUCGGAGCACCCAUUUUGGCCCUCUCGAUCGCCGGUGAAGGUCAAGCGGAGCAGCAAGUUGCUGCCCGUCUGCGAGACGGCACCGUCGUCUUCAUCGGCACCCAACGGCUAAAGAUCACCAAAACGAUCUCUGGCCUCAAAGCAGGUCCGUACUUCCUUCAGCUGGUCGCCCACUUCAAGAUUGAUAUUCUGACUCCCCUCGUUGACUUCCUGCGACCCAGAUCCCGUUCGCCUGUCUGCCAUUGCGCAUCAGCGUCGGACCCAACUCCCGCUCGCCGUUCAGCCCUCGACCAAGGCCCUGGUCGUUCCCGCCGGCCACCCCUCAUCCAUCCAGUUCUACUCGCCGUCCAAGGACAGCCAGCUGCUGGAGUUGGAAGUAUCACCUUCGAACCGUGUCUCCAGUGCCGGCGAGGUCCCUAUCGAACCAACUCGCGUUGAACGCGUCACUUUUUCUACUCCUGCCCUGGACCCAAACCGGAUCGGGGGAACGUACUGGAUGGCCACGCUCGAUACCUGGAUCAAGGACUCUUUUGCUCCAACCCGGCAUCUCAAGUUCUGGGAGCACAAGGGAAAUGGCACAAGGUGAGUGGUCUGUGAACUCUCAUACUUACUUCGCCCUGGUGCCCAGCUUAAGCCGUGCUCCCGCCGACAGCUUUGUGCUCUCCACCCGAAUUGAUCGACCUCACAACGCCGCAGUCACCUCGAUGGCGUUCUCGCCAUCGCCAGCAUCGCCGCUCUUGUUGACGACAUCGAUGGAUGGCGUCGCCAAACUCUGGGCACACGUCGCCGGCUCUUGGAGAUGCCAGACCAGCUUCGAAUACCGCGGCUUCACACCUUACGAUGCCGCGUGGUCUCAGGACGGCUCCAUGUUUGCCAUCGCGCAUGACAAGGUCGUUACGCUCUGGUCGCUGGCCUCGAAUGCGCUUAUACACGUUUUUGCAUGCUCGACGAUCACCUCGGCUCGUAAAGUAGGCUUUGUUGGUCAGGGCGGGACGACUUUACUCGCGGGUGGUACAAGCGGUUCGAUUGCUUGGGAUCUGCUGACCUUUGAUGGCAAGUCGAUUGAAUUCACCUUGACUGGUUUUGCUACAAGUACUGACUUGAUGGCUCUCUUUGCUGCGCACAGAGUCACUUCAUCUCGACUUUGAGGUCAACAGCAUCUCGAAUCGACCGCGCUCGUCCCUGUUCAUUGCGACCGAAAAGAUUGCACCGCGCAAGGAAACUGCCUCUUCGCGCUCGGUCUCGACCGCGACUCGUGCCUACCUCAUCGACGCCUCGACCCCACCCUCCACUCUCUUGGCCCGUCAACUCCCCUUCGCGGUCCGACAAUUGAUCUGGUACGACGUCAAUGCCACUUCGAAUACUUCGAGCGAAGAUGACGUCUCUCUUGCCAUCAUCGAUGACGGAGGCGACAUCACCCUCGUCGGUGACGCCGCGACGUUCGGUUCUCAAAUCGCGCCUAGCAAACUCCCGCGUGCCGCUUCUACGAAAGCCCAAUCCCGCCUCUUUGACGAGAUCUAUGGCAAAGGGGACGAGGCUCGAACAACGUCACGACAAGCACUCGCAGGGCAGAAUGCGAAGAAGCCUACGACAUCCGUCGAUCGACUCGCGGCUUCAAUGUCGGUCUUGGACGCGCCGGCUCAUUCGCUGCCACCUGUCAAAUUGCUCUGGCGAACGCUUUUGGGUGGAUUCGGCUCCGACGCUUCGGUGGAAGUCGACGAGGAAGAAGGCGCCCACGAUGCACCCAAUGCCAACGGAGCAUCAGAAGACGCCGACAAGCCGAAACCUUCUUCCAAAGUUCGGUCGGACGAAACGACAGUCUUUGUCCCGUCGCCAGAUUCGCUCGCUGAUAUCUUCAAAGCGGGAAUGGUACUCGGUGAGUCUUCAGCUUCGUGUACUUUCAAGCUAGGAUUGACGAGUCUGACCGCUUUUCGUUCCCCCCUUCUUCGUGCUAGUGAAUGGAACAGGUUCAGCCCACGCGAGUACCGCCAUGGUAAAGAAGUAG